ACUUCUCGUUCUGAAUUCUGAAAAACGAAAGAAGAAAAAACUAAUAAUAAUAAAUAAACCCAGAAACACGAACAUCACUCGUAACUUCCCAAUGGACCGUCAACUUUCUCUUCUCCUUCUCUUUUCUCUCUGUUUCCUUUCCAUUUCCCCUGAUCUCUCUCGUUCUACUUCUCUACGAUUCUCCGGUUGGCAGGGCGAUAUAAAAACAAAAUCGUCGGUGUUGAAAUUGGUGACUGGUGGAUCGUCUCCUAUAAUUGAUCCGACCCGGGUGACGCAAAUCUCCUGGCAACCGAGGGCUUUCGUAUAUAGGAAUUUUUUGACUGAUGAGGAAUGUGAUCAUCUCAUUAUUCUGGCUAAAGAUAAGCUGGAGAAGUCUAUGGUGGCUGACAAUGAGUCAGGAAAGAGCGUAGAGAGUGAAGUUCGGACAAGCUCUGGCAUGUUUCUUAGCAAGGGCCAGGAUGAAGUAGUGGCUAAUGUGGAGGCUAGGAUAGCUGCCUGGACAUUCCUUCCUAAAGAGAAUGGAGAAUCUAUUCAAAUACUGCAUUAUGAACAUGGCCAAAAGUACGAGCCACAUUUUGAUUAUUUCCACGACAAAGUCAAUCAAGAGCUAGGUGGUCAUCGGGUGGCUACUGUUCUUAUGUAUUUGUCAGAUGUUGAGAAGGGAGGGGAAACCGUUUUUCCUAAUUCAGAGGCAAAAAAAUCUCAGCCAAAGGAUGAUGACUGGUCAGAUUGUGCUAAAAAUGGAUAUGCAGUGAAACCUAGGAAGGGUGAUGCAUUGUUGUUUUUCAGUCUACAUCUCAAUGCAACAACUGAUCCUCUAAGCUUGCAUGGAAGCUGCCCUGUUAUUGAAGGUGAGAAGUGGUCUGCUACCAAAUGGAUUCAUGUGAGGUCCUUUGAAACUCCAUCUAAUAAUGAAUGCAAAGAUCAAAAUCCGAGCUGCUCCCAGUGGGCUGUUAAUGGUGAAUGUGAAAAAAAUCCUCGAUACAUGGUGGGUUCUGAAGACUCUGUAGGUCAUUGUAGGAAGAGCUGCAAGGUUUGCUCCUGAUAGGAAUAUGUAGACAAAAAAUUUCUAUUACAUAUAAAUAUAACUAGUUGAGUUGUCAUCAUUCUUUGUAUAUCCAGGUUUGUACAUUUAGCACCCUCAGACAGUUUUAAGGAGAUCUUUUCGAAACA